AUAUAUAUACCGUAUGCGCGAACGAUUGCACGCACAACGGUUGAUGCAGCUGGAAAGUACGGAUGUGGGGCGAGUUAGAGCGGUGCCUAACGGUGAUCGGUUUGCACGGCGAGGCGUUUCUCGCAGUCGUAGCAACUUGAGCUUGUAGCCGUUUCGAUCCUGGACAUUUGCGACAAGUAUACCUAUUGAAUCUGUGACUGUGAUUGUUGGCCGACGACUUUUUAAGUGAAAAUGUUACUCGAAGCGGCACUAGCCUGUGCCUCUAUCAUAGUAGGCGCCAUUGUCUACUCCACCAUGGUCUACUCAACCUGCUGGAGCCACAUAAAGUAUUAUUACAUUGGAACAGUGUAUCAUUUUCACGAUAUAUUCAACAUCAGGCGUAAUAAGAUAGAUUUACCUUCAAAGCCGGGUAAAGUUGCAAUUGUAACCGGUGGUUCGAGAGGUAUAGGAGCGGAAGUAGUCAAGAAAUUGUUACAGUGCGACAUGGAAGUUAUAAUCGCUUGUAGGACAACUAGCGCCGGUGAAAAGCUCAUCCUCAAGAUUAGAGAGUCUGGUGUCGCCAGCGGCCUGGCAAAGGUUUAUAAGCUGGACAAUUCCUCUCUCGAAUCGGUCAGAAAAUUCGCCGAGCAAAUAAAAACAGACUACGACAGAAUUCACAUAUUAAUCAACAACGCUGCUAUUAUGUUUCCUCUCGCCUAUAACAAGACGGAAGACGGAUAUGAAGAGCAAUGGGUGGUGAAUUACUUGUCACAUUUUUUACUAACGUCUCUUCUCCUGCCGUUAUUGAAAAGCGGCGGGCGUCCCGGCGAGUGCAGCAGGAUUGUUAACGUCACUUCGUGCGCUCAAGAUAUUAGCACCAUAAAUUUCGAAGACUUGGAAAACGGUUCCAAAGAAACAUCCUACACGUAUGCGUCGUAUGGACAAAGUAAAUUAGCGCAGACAAUAUUCACGAUAACGUUGCAGAGACUCUUACAAGAAAAAUCAUUGAAUGUAUUAGUAUAUGCCGUACAUCCUGGUAUAGUGAUCACAGACAUAUUUAAGGACACCUUAAUCGGCAAUAACAAGUGGCUUAUGGCUGCAUGGAAGACACCUGAUCGAGGAGCAACUCCGAUAAUAUAUGCCGCAGUGAGCGAAGAUAUUGAAAGAAAAGGUGGUUUAUAUAUCAGCAAUUGUAAAGAGAUUGCUACGCCUUCGUUAGCACUCAAGGAGGAGGUGCAAGAACGAUUGUUUGAUUUAUCUCUAAAACAGGUACAUUUAAAAGACUUUUUCCAAUAUUUAUAACGAAAUUACAUAGUAUUUGCUUAUUCUAUAUUUUGAUAAAUUACACAUUUGUCGUUGAAUGUAUCGCGCAUACACAUUUCAACAAGCUUGUAUUAAAACUUGGCAUACUUGUUCACGAUUCAAAAACACGUGCAAUACGUCUAUUCUAAAAAAUUCAGGAUCCUGAAUUAUUUUGCGCGUUCGUAAACUUAUAAAAAAAAAAGUGUCGCAACCUCAGUGCUCCCGACUGUACACAACGUGUCAUAAAAUACGCAUAACAAUCGACGGAGAUGACAGAUAAACCGUGGCAAGAUCAAAAGAGGAAAAUCUUUUUAGCUAGCUCGUUCUUUACUGGAAUAAUACAAAUGUAUAUACAUGAUAAAACGGGCCUUUUGUGUAAUGUCAAAUAUGUAAAUAUCCUAGGUCCCUGUUUUUAGUUACUUUAUGAUGUAAAAGAUAGUAUUUAUAGAUGUUGUUGCUGGGCUGUAUUUUACACGAAUAAAUAUGAAAGCUAUUCUUUAAAAAAAAA